AUGGCCAUAUACACAAUUCAAGAGGAUAAUCAGCAGAAGCGGUUAAUGAACCCAAGAUUACAUGGAAGAAAGCUCGGAAGCUCCGAUUCGCCAUCACUUUUUCGACCAUCCAUACAUAGAAUUGACGCAAACAAGAAGUUUCGGUCAUUACAAGUCGGCCGAAGGCGUGUAAGACCCACAGACACUCUUACGGGUUCGAUAAGGCCAAAUUCGACAUAUCAUCACAAAAGACGACGGUUGACACCCAGGCCUCUGCAUAUGGACAUUGAGCCUGUCUCGCCUAUUCGGUUAGUGAGUCCGCCUGAAGGAGCAUCGUUUUCUAAUUCCCAAAUAGAUGAAUCUUUGAGACUGGCGCAAAGUGUUUUAAGUCACAACAAAAUUGUUGAUAUUUCAUCCCCGAUCAAACAGUUGCAUAGAAAACCGGUGUAUGAGCCUGAAUCGCCUUCGUUUCAAGAUGGACCCAUCCCAAUCAAUGUUCCAGAUGCUGAAAAUAGAGAGAAGAGUAUCGAAAAUGUGGAAGAAAUGCAAAUUACAAAGCAGAAAACGCAAAGCGAGGAAGAUGUGACAGAAAUGAAAGUCCUACGGCUUUUUCUCAAAGAUGGAUCUAACGCAUGUCGAACAAGCAAGCCACUCACCAUGUUUUGUUCUUCAAAAGGAAUUAUUAUACGGAAUGAGUUGGAUACAUCGUUUAUAAACAUUCAACCAAGCCAGGUGGAAAUAGUAUACAUAAGUGAGCAUCGGGCGGAUUUUCGGAUAUGCGUGAUCUUGAAAUUGAAGGAGAUAAUGAAAGGCAAGCUGAGAACAUCGGAGGUCACUUUUAAAACCGUCAGAAUUCAUCUGGAUCCUUGCAGCCGAAAUAAAUACGAUGACCUUGUUCAUCGUCUUGAAGAAUAUGGUGCAGAGGUGAAGGUCAGCUCCUUUUCAGACAAUGCUGGCCUUUCAGCAACGAGCACAAAGACAUUUUAUGGGUCGGAGAGAAAGACAAGGUUAAAAGUGAAAGAUCCGAAUUUUGUAGGCAUACUCGGGUCAGAUUCGUACAUGCAGCUCAGAAGUAGAUCGCAUAGAAAUAUCGACUAUCACAAGGCGCACAAGAUGGAGAUAAGGCUUGAUUUGGAUGAUGAUCAGCAUCCAGAAGAUCUUAAUGGCAAGCAAACGAACGUUCUAUCACCAGAUGUGGCAGAAAUUGUUACGGAGGCUAUCCCAUAUCGGGAUCAGAUUGUCUUUCGACCCCCUUUACACUACAAGAUUGCACCCAAGAAGACUAUGAUAAUCACAAAUAAUGACUUCACAUGUCUCUACAACAGUAACUGGAUUAACGACUCCAUUGUUGACUUCUUCCUCAACUUCAACUACAGAAAAGCUAAAGAGGCAGGCCAUUUGGGCGACAACCAAGUGGAGAUAUUUAACUCUUUCUUCUUUUCCCAGUUGGCUAAUCCUUCUUCUGUGGUUGAGAAUUGUUAUAACAACGUGAAAAGUUGGUUCAAAACAACAGACGAUCUUUUUGAUCACGAAUACGUCAUUAUUCCGAUUAUGUCUGAGCUUCAUUGGUAUUCCGUUAUCAUAUAUAAUCUUCCCGGAGUUAAGAAGCAAAGCAUGGCAAAGAGGAGAGAUCAUGCAAUUGUUGAGAAGAAGAUGUCGCGGCUCAAGAAAGAUGAUGCAUCUGAUGACUCUAAAUCUUCUGUAAAGAAUGAAUCGCCGGUGAAAAAAGACGAUUUGUUGGGUAGUACUUCGCAGCAAAAGGAGCCUGAAUCAUCACCUUCAAAAAGAAAGGAGUUGAAUAUACCGAAGGAGAAGGGACUCUUACGAAAAAGAAAGAAGUAUUUCGAAAGUGGGCACAUUUAUAUUUUGGAUUCUCUUCGAAAGAUGCAUGUAAGCGUUGCCCCACUCCUCAAGAACUUUCUUAUUGGAUACGCCAAGGACAAGUACAAUCUUGACUUGGAUACCAGUGACUUUGUUAGGCAUAAUGCACCAAUACCACGUCAAAAGAACUUUAACGACUGUGGUUUGCAUGUUAUCUACAAUCUGAAUGUCUUUUUUCAGGAUCCAAAAAGUUUUCAGGAAAAGGUGUUGUCGAAGACAGCCCGGGUUUCAAACGAUAUUUUCAGACCUGAGGAGAGGAAAAGGAUGAGGCCAACUUUAAGGAAAGUGUUAAUUAAGCUUUUAAAGAAGCAAGUAGAGACUUCUGGUGGAGAUAGCAGUAAAAUAGGAACUGAAACUAAUGAUACAGUUGCCAAAGAAAAAAUUAUAAAUGGCCAAAAAGCAGAUGCAGAUGGUGAUAAAGCUUCCUCCGGCAAUGAUGUGAAAUCCGAUAAUGAAGAUGACGAUCUCAUCAUAAUUGAGCCUAAGCCCAUAAAAGACGCCGAAGAUGAUCCUGCAGGGAGAUUGAGCUUCCCUGUAACCUUGAAAUAUCAUUCUGUAGAACCCUCUUCAGACGAAUCGAAGAAGCUUGAGAAUACCUCACUGAAUAAUUUUUCUAUUACUGCAUCCAAAGUUGGUUCUCUGAAUAUCAAGGAUGCAGAUGCUGAAAUAUCUCACAGGAUGAACCCGGAAAAGACACAAAAUGAAGAUAAAGACAGUGAGAUUCAAAAAAAGGAUCGCAUAACCGAUAUAAGCACUGGGGACAAGUUGGUGGAAAGUGGAAUUCUCAAGAUGGAAAAUUGGGAAAAAACAACUUUAGGAACUGAGUUAGCCCGUAACAAUGAAGAUAACAAGAUACUAUUAGAGAAUAAAGUUGGCAACAUAGAUAGCACAAUUGAGCAUCACACAUUCAAAGAUGGAGACAUUUCCGGUGGGAAAUCAUCCAUGAAGAGUAAGAGAGAUAAAAAAGAGCUUGAGAUGGUGCCUGAUGAACUUCUCAAGGAAGAAAAUUUGCUUGAGAUCGGAAAGGAGAAAAAAGCGAUAGUUCGUUCCAGAAAUAUGAUGAUACAUAAGAUUAGUCAUCAGCGAGAAGAAAGAAAUAGGAUUAAGUACGAGUCUGAAGAAAAAAGCAUGAUUAAGCAUGAUUCAGAUGAUUUAAUCAAGAAAGAAAGUGCACCUGUUUUGAUCAAUCUUGAACAGGAGCAUGAAAAUGUGAUGAAUAAUGUUUAUGGUGUGAAAAUUCAGAAGGAGAAGGAUUUAGAUGAAAAGUUGUUAAGGAAAAGAGGGCCGAGAAGAUUGGGAAAUGGUGGAAAUGGUGGAAAAAAUGGCCAGCUUAUGGCAGUUGAUAAAAGUAGGCGUGCAUCAAAUGGUACGUCAACUGUAGAUACUACUAAAGCUAUAGAGACAACAGGUAAAGCGGAUCGGAAAGAAAUGUAUAAAAAUAUGGAUACAGAAUUGGAAGAUGAUUUAAAGUCUGCAAAAGACAACAUUUCAAUGAGAGUUGGAGGAAGACAGGAGGUGCAAAUAUGGAAGGAGGUCAACAUCAUAUCUGACAAGUCGGUAAAAGACUCUGAGACGGAAACUCAAGAAAGUGAGCAGUCUGCAUCUCAGUUUGAACCAAGUAGGGAAGCAUCAAGUAGCAGUGGCUUAGAGCAUGAUUUAGAUGUGUCGAGACCUACGGAAGUAAAACUGCAGAUCGAGGACAGAACCGCAAAGAAGGAUGAUAAAAAAGAUGAAGAGGUUCAUGACAGAAGUGGUACUAGUACUGGAAAUAUUGGGAAUAGUACGGAAAUUAAUACUGGAACUAAUACGAUCAACAUUGGCAUUAAUAUUGGCACUGAUACAGGCGCCAAUACAGUGAUUAACAUUAGCACUAAUGCUGGUACUAAUGCUGGCACUACUGGUUCUAACACUAGUACUAAUUCUGACAAUGAUAUUGACACAGGAACAGAUAACACUGCUUCUGACUCUGAGUAUGAUGAUGGAGAUGGAGAUCAAGAAUGGACGGAAACAAGUUAUUCCAGAAGCAAAGCUGGGAAAAGAGGCAGGAAAAGAAGCAGGAAAAGAAAAGACUACUCUCUGCCGAAUGGUAUUGAGAGUAUUAGUGCAAGACUGGGCAGGAGAAGAAAGAAUAUGGAGAAGUUGAACUUAUCAGAGCAGCCAGACGAAAGGGAGGAGUCUGUGUUUUCAGUCACGCCUGUCAAACUUGUUGAAACGAAGCCGCUUGUAGUACCAUCGUCGCCUUUGAAGGGACGGCAAAGAAAAAGAUGGGUGAAGAGGAAUACUAAGGAGAAAGGACAGGAAAAAGAGAAAGAGAAGGCGCAAAAGAAAGAGAAGGCGCAAAAGAAAGAGAAAGCGCAAAAGAAAGAGCAAAACUAUACGGUGGGGUCGAUAGCUAUAGACAGCAAUGAUAACAUGAUCUCGUUCAAGAAUCCUCUACAGCGUCCUACUAGUAUAUCGUUUCUAGGUGCUUCUAAGCGCGGUUCUAGGAUAAGGCUGAGAAAAAAGCCCGGGAAGAAAAAGAGAGGCAGAAGAGGCAAGCGGAAUUAA